GGGAGCGCAGGCACGCAGCAGCCGCUGGGUUUGAACUGACUGCAACUUGCAUGGGGCAGAUUGUAGAGUGCGUGAAUUAAGAGGCAUCGAGGGUCGUUUUAAUUAAACAGGUUUCAGUGGUUACAAUGUAUCCCAACGCGGGCCGGUUUAGGGGACUGUAUCUGCUACUGCUCUAUGUGACGGGGGGCUGCCCCAAGCCCACCCUGAGGAACGAGCGAGUCCACCAGGAGCCAGUGCUCAGCGACAAGCCACACCAGGACUCGGCCAACUUCGAGUACGAUCACGAGGCCUUUCUGGGCAAGGAAGAAGCCAAGACUUUCGACCAGCUCAGCUCCGAGGAGAGUAUCGAGAGGCUGGGGAAAAUUGUAGAACGGAUCGAUGAUAACAAGGAUAAUUAUGUGACCAUGGAGGAACUGAAGGCCUGGAUUAUACGGGUGCAGAAACGUUAUAUUUAUGAAAAUGUAGCCAAAGUGUGGAGAGACUAUGACCUCAACAAAGAUAACAAAAUUUCCUGGGACGAAUACAAGCAGGCGACGUAUGGCUAUUACCUUGAGAACCCUGGAGAGUUUCAGGAUGCUAAUGAUCAGUUCAGCUUCAAGAAGAUGUUACCUCGUGACGAGCGGCGAUUCAAGGCAGCCGAUCUGGACGGAGACAUGGUGGCCACUAGGGAAGAGUUCACAGCCUUCCUUCACCCAGAGGAGUUUGAUCACAUGAAAGAAAUUGUUGUCUUUGAAACACUUGAAGACAUUGAUAAGAACGAAGAUGGAUUUGUUGAUGAGGACGAGUACAUUGCCGAUAUGUACACACAAGAGGAAGGUGCGGCCGAGCCCGAAUGGGUCAAGACUGAGCGGGAACAGUUUUCCGAUUUCCGUGACUUGAACAAGGACGGGAAGAUGGACAAGGCUGAAAUCCGACAUUGGAUCCUCCCAGAAGAUUAUGACCAUGCUCAGGCUGAAGCCAGGCAUCUCGUCUAUGAAUCUGACAAAAAUAGGGAUAAGAGAUUAUCAAAGCAGGAAAUCCUGGACAACUGGAACAUGUUUGUUGGCAGCCAAGCCACCAACUAUGGAGAAGACCUGACCCGAAAUCACAUUGAGUUGUGACAGCAGCAGCAGAAGUUACGCUGGACGGUUCUCCUCCACUUAGAAGUUUGAAGACGACUCUGUUGAAGAUGAAGAAGCGGGUCAAUGGGCUGCAAGUUCUUGCCACGUGUAAAGUGACUGAAGCCGUUCUUCAGUCCCGCUCUGCUAAUCUAGCCCACUCUUUACCUCAUUAACUCACGGGCUACCUUUUGCCCAGAUAUCUGACUGAACCAAUGCCAAUCAAUGUACAAAGACUUCUUUGCAGUAGAGUUGUACAGUUUAGAAUAUUGGGAACCAUUGGGCACAUUCAGUUUUAUUCCCCAAGCAGGACUUUGGCUGCUAGAUUACUCUUGUUCUGUUACUCUAUCUGAUGCCAUAAAGAACAAAACCAUAAUGAUCAUAAUAAUGGAACAGCCGGGAGUUAGUUGACUCACUUCCAAAUUGGAUUCUCAGCAGUCCUGAUCUGGGAGCAUAGGGUACAAGAGAAUACAUUGAUUUGAUUUUGUUCUGUCCCACUCCUGAUAUCCAGCACCUGGAGGGGAAGGGGCAGCAUGUUUCUGUCCAAAUUAUACACCAGCCUGACCUGGAUAUGCAGAGCCAUUGCUCUGUUGUCACUGGCUCCCAGUUCCUGCCUGACAUCAUUGUGAGAGCACCUUCGCCAAGUGCGUUGCAAGUAUUCAAGUAGAAAAAUUCCCACCUUCUUUCAAAGACAAGCACCAGCCUUGUCCACAAUGCUCACAUCCUGUGAAUGCAUGGAAAGAACAUCUUCCAAUUCAUCUUUCCAAAUGACACUUACUGUCAUUCACCUUAUCAGUGGAAGUGCAUGGAAUAAUUGGACCACUUCCUGUUUACAUGAAGUCCUUGUGGCCAUUUCCUGUCAAGCUGGGCUUUGCCAACUUGAUUUGCUCGGAAGGAUGCAUUGGUUCACUUGCAGAGGGAUGACAGGCAGGUGAGAGAGGGGGCAAGGCCCAAAAAGGGGGGAGGCUGAGGAAUUGGUUAGGGGAAGGCCCUGCCCAUGUUUGAUGUAACACCAUCGAUAAACUGACAAAAUGACACCCGGGUUUUACUGGGGACGUGACAGAUCAUUUGCGUUUUCAGUACGUUUAAGGAAUGGUUGAUUUUUGUUUAAGGUUGGCUGUAAAAUGUUGAGAGGUCAUUGAUGUAAAAUCAGCCGUAUAAUCAGACCAUUUGAGACUAAACCAGGUGAGAUUAGGAUGGGUGGUAAUGGUAGGUUUAUUGCAACCCAUGAAGUGACUGAGGCUGUUGGAUCAGGCUUGUUUGCAAUAGAGUCUGCCUUCUCCUCGCAUAGCUGGGCUGACUCUCUGCAUACCUCACGUAAAGGAUAGGUCUUAAGGAGAGGAGGAAGGAAGAGAGGGAGUUCCCUGAGCACGGGGCCCAGGCAGCUGAAGGCACAGCCGCCCAUUGGCAGAGUGAUGUAAAUAAACGUAUUCCGGAGGAGAAUUGGAGAAGCGCGGAGAUCUCGGGGGAUGCAGAGCUGAAGGAGGGUGCAGAAGAAAGGGAGAGGUGAAGCCUCUGAGGAACCUGCAAUCACGCACAAGAAAUUCAAACUGGACAUGUGUUUGGACUGGGAGCCAAUGGAAGUAGGAGUGGUGGAAGAAUGGGUGCUGGUGUGAGUCAGGACGUGGACGCCAGAACUUUGGAUGAUCUUGCGUUAAUGGAGGAUGCAACACUAGAGACCGAUUAGCAGUGCAUUGGAGUAGUUGGGACCAGGUGAUGAUGCUAUGGAGGUUGAAGUUGGUAGUCUUAGUGAUGGAUAUGUGGAUGGAAGUUUAUCUCUGGGUUAGAUGGAACAGCAGGGUUUCUGGGGAGUGGUGUUGGUGAUGAACAGUAUUGGUUUAUUAUUGUCACGUGUACCGAGGUACAGUGAAAAACCUGUCUUGCAUACCAUUCGAACAGAUCAAUUCAUUAUACAGUGCAUUGAGGUAGUACAGGGUAAAACAAUAACAGAAUGCAGAGUAAAGUGUCACAGCUACAGAGGAAGUGCAGUGCAGGUAGACAAUAAGGUGUAAGGUCAUAACAAGGUAGAUUGUGAGGUCAAGAGUCCAUCUUAUCACAUAAGGGAACCGUUCAAUAGUUUCAUCACAGCAGGAUAGAAGCUGUCCUUGAGCCUGGUGGUAUGUGCCCUCAGGCUUCUGUAUCUUCUGCCUGGUGGAAGAGGGGAGAAGAGAGAAUGUUCUGGGUGGGUGGGGACUUUGAUUAUGCUGGCUGCUUUACCGAGGCAGUGAGAAGUGCAGGCAGAGUCCAUGGAGGGGAGGCUGGUUUCUGUGAUGCGCUGGGCUGUGUCCACAACUCUCUGCAGUUUCUUGCGGUCCCCGGCAGAGCAGUUGCCAUACCAAGCCAUGAUGCAUCCAGAUAGGAUGCUUUCUAUGGUGCAUUGAUAAAAGUUGGUGAGUGCCAAAGGGACAUGCCAAAUUUCUUUAGCCUCCUGAGGAAGUAGAGGCACUGGUGAGCUUUCUUGGCCGUGGCGUCUACGUGGCUGGACCAGGACAGGCUAUAGGUGAUGUUCACUCCUAGGAAUUUGAAGCUCUCAACCCUCUUGACCUCAGCACCAUUGAUGUAGACAGGUGCGUGUACACCGCCCUCUUUCCUGAAGUCAAUGACCAGCUCUUUUGUUUUUCUGACAUUAAGGGAAAGAUUGUUGUCAUGACACCAUGUCAAUCAACUAUCUCAGUAGGUUCAGCACCCUCAAGAGGUUUCUGCGUGCCCAGUCAUGGUUAUCAGAAGAGCAGUGCAACAGCUAAUGGAGAACGAAUGAGAGGCUGUGGUCCGAGCGAGGCAGAGCUGGGUGCCUCUGUUAGCAUGUGGAACCUGACAUAUUUUGAUGAGAUGGUUCUUGGUUUGUCCAGAAGUAAUAGUGGAAAGCAUGAGCAAAGAAGCCUUGAAUCUAAUUCUCUGCCGCAAUAGACUGGAUAUAUAAUAGUGGAUCAGGUGAUGUGGUGUGAGGGGAACUGAGAGGAUACUUCUGUGUGUGUGUGUGUGUUGUAGGCUAGGUUUAGAAGGUCAGCCCAUGUGCAUGAUAUAUGCAGAGAGGAUCGGUCCAUACAGUAGGUGUAUUCAUGUUCACUAUAUAAAUGCUAACAAUACUUCAUGGUAACUGGUCUAAUAGCUCUGAUGCUGAGAAUGCUAUCAUAAAGUAAUACAGCACAGAAACAAGCCCUGCAGCCCAACUCCUCCAUGCCGACCAUCUGCUAGCCCAUCUAAGCUAGUCCCAUUUGCCCACGUUUGGCCCGUAUCCCUCUAAACCUUUCCUAUCUAUGUACAUGUCCAGAUGUCCUUUGAAUGUUUUUUUUUUACCUGCCUCAACCACUUUCUCUGACAGCUCGUUCCACGUAUGCACCACGCUCUGCAUGAAGAGGUUGCCCCUCAGGUCUCUUUUAGAUCUUUCCCCUUUCCCCCUAAACAUAUGCUUUCUAGUUUUUUAAUUCCCCUUCCUGGGGGUGGGGGGAGGGGGGGGAAGGUCUGUGUGCAUUCACCCUAUCUAUGCCCCUCAUGAUUUUAUCUACCUCUAUAAGGUCACCCCUCAGUCUCCUAUGCUCCAAUGAUUAAAGUCCCAGCCUGCCCAAUCUCUCUGUAUAACUAAGCCCUCAAGUUCUGGCAACAUUCUCGUAAAUCCUCUUUGCACUCUUUCCGGCUUAAUGAUGUCUUCCCUAUAACAGGGUGACCAGAUCUGUACAUAACUGUCCUGACUGAUGAAGGCAAGCAUGCCAGACACUUUCUCCACCAUCUUGUCUCACUGUGGCGCCACUUUCAAGGACCUAUCGCAUCUGUGCGUAUGGGUGGGAGAGAGAGAGAAUAUAGAGUCAUACAACACAGAAACAGGCCCUUCAGCCCAACUGGUCCAUGCUGAACAAGAUUCCCAUCUAAGCUAGUCCCAUUUACCCAUGUUUGGCCCAUAUCCCUCUGAACCUAUCCACGUACUUGUCCAAGUGUCUUUUGAAUGUUGUUAACGUACCUCCCUCAACCACUUCCUCUGGCAGCUCAUUCCACAUACGGACCACCCACUGGGUGAAAGGGCUCCCCCUUGGGUUCCUAUCAAAUCUCUCAACUCUCAUCCUAAACCCAUGUCAUCUAGUUCUUGGUUUCCCCAACCCUGGGAAAAAGACUGUGUGUGCAUUCACCCUAUCGAUGCCUCAUAGAAAUAUAGGUUUUCUUUAAGGAACAACCUCACUGUAUACCAUUUAAGGUUGUGUGGCAAUACCACACUGCAUUACUCGUAUUUGUGACCACAAUCAGUACAAUAAUCACUGUUGGGAUAUUAUUGUAAAAUAAAGGCCACCCAGAGCUGACCUCUGACCCUGGAGUGAGAUUGGGGGUGGGGUGGAGGAUGGCGAUGCUGAGGCAACUCGAAGACUCGCUCUUUAUGGUCUUUAGAACAAACGUUGAGAACCAUCCCAGUGAACAAUGAGAGAUUCUGCUUUUGGAAAGCACUUUUAAGGUAGUAAAAGUUUCCGAGGCUCUUCACUGCAGCCACCAAGCAACAUAGAAAACCUACAGCACAUACAGGCCUUUUGACCCACAGAGUUGUGCUGAACAUGUCCCUACCUUAGAAAUUACUAGGCUUACCCAUAGCCCUCUAUUUUUCUAAGCUCCAUGUACCUAUCCACCAAAAGUCUCUUAAAAGACCCUAUCGUAUCCGCCUCCACCACCGUUGCCGGCAGCCCAUUCCAUGCACUCACCACUCUCUGAGUGAAAAACUUACCCCUGACAUCUCCUCUGUACCUACUCCCCAGCACCUUAAACCUGUGUCCUCUUGUGGCCACCAUUUCAGCCCUGGGAAAAAGCCUCUGACUAUCCACACAAUCAAUGCCUCUCAUCAUCUUAUAUACCUUAUACAUGAGUUGAUGAUACCUGGUCAAUGGGAGAGAUUUUAAGAAGCAGCUUAAAGCAGGAGUGUCUGAGGGGAUUGUGGAAGGAAUUCCAGAACUCGAGGCCUCCAGCGGUGGAGUGUCUCACACUGGGGAAGUGUAAAAGGCCAGACACAGGCCAGCGGAAGUGACUGUGAAGGUGGAGGAGGUUUCGGGGAAAGGGAGGGUUCAGGCUGCUAGCAUGUGGUAUUUGUGAACAAAGGGGAAACUGCUGUCAACAGUGAAACAAUGCAGGGCUGAAGAAAACACCGCAGCAAAUAAAAAAACAAGGAAAUGCAAGCGCUGGAGGUCUAAACCAAAACCAGAAAAUACUGGAAAGAGAUCUAUGGGAAGAGAAACAGAGUCAAUGUUUCAGAUCUGAGACCAUUCAUCAGAAUUGGGAAGUGAGGAAACGAGUUGCAGAGAGUAGGGGAGAGAUGCAUAGGGCAAAGGGAGUGCCCUCUGAUUGGAUAAGAGCACGGUUCCCAUAGUAAUGAGCUGUUGAUUAAGCCAUUGAUAGAUCUACUCAAUGCUGUUAUUAACAGCUUAUCGCUACGGCAACUGCUGGCUUCUCCCUCUCAGAGAAAUUCCCUUUGUCCUGACCCUCUCUGCAACUUAAGCUAACUUGUUUUCUCUGUUUGCCCGUUCUGAUGAAGGACCUUUGACGUGAGACAUCGUUUUGUUUUCUCUCUACAGAUGCUGCCUCACCUGCCGAGUGUUUCCAGCAUGGUUUUUGUUACAGCUAUACAGUGCCUUCAACAUCCCUUUCAGGAUGUUCCAAAAUGCUUUACUGUGGGAUGGUUGACUGGGUCUUGAGGUUAGGAUUUGGGCAGCAAGGUUCUGACUGAGAGUUCAUUGUAAAGCAGAUCCAGUGGAGAAGACAGUGAAAAGGUUCUUGAAAGUGCCAGCUGGAUUUGAAACAGUGCAUUCUUCUAAAAACCCUUCAAUCCCCAUUUCACUCAGCCAGUUAGAAUCCUCAUCCCCAACACCCUCUGUGGGCACGGAUGCUGCACUGUUAGUUACUGAGGCAGAUUUGGCAACAUCACUUGAAAGGAAAUUGCAUAAGUAUUUGAAAAGGUGGAAUAUGAAAGGAUCUGAGGGAAUGGGUAGGGGUAUCGGACCAAAGUAGAGAGUUUCCAUUUUAAAAAGCUCUCAUCAGCACUGGGGAAGUGGGUGAAAUGGCUGCCCAUCACUUCACUUCUCUGGAGACACUAGGGACUGCAGACGCUGGAAUCUGGAGCAACAAACAAACUGCUAGAGGAACUCAGUGGGUCGAGCAGCAUCUGUGGAGGCAAUGGUCAAUGUUUCAGAUUAGGACCCUGCAUCGGUCUUGCAAUGUCGAUCAUUUCUCUGCCUCCACAGAUGCUGCUUGACUCACUGAGUUCCUCCAGCAGUUUGUCUUUUGCUCUGUGAAACUUCUCUGAUUUUAUCCAAAAUCGCACAACCACCAAGGUUAAUUUAUCUUGAGUCACGAAUUACCGUCCUAACAUUUCAAAGGUAUACGAACAUUUGCCAAAUAGAACAAAGCUGAGUUCUUCAACCACAAUAAGUAGUUUUAAAGAAUGUACCUGGGCUGAUCGUUUCACAUUGUAUUUAAAUAAAACACUUUGAUGUAAACCCUGUGAAACCUCAUUUUGUCAAAACACAACCAAACCCCAUUUUGGCCAUAUUAAUGAAUUUGAUAGUUGAGUUUUUGAUGUAUUUAUUGCAAAUG